ACCUUAGCAGCAACAGUCGCUUUCAUACAAUUACAGUGUAUCGUACGAUCGCCAACACUAGCGGUGCGUGUGCUAAUUAUUUGGUUACUCAAGCGCGCGCAGUUUGUUCGAACGGAUUUUAAAUCGAUUUUCGUAAUCAGACUGAAGGAAGGAUUAUAUAUAUCAUAUUAAAACGCUACUAUAAAAGACAAUACAAAACAGCAAAAGAGUUACCCAAAAAACUUAAUUUUACAAUAGUUGGCCAUAUCUUCUUCAAAUUCAUAUACCCAAUAUAAUUCCGGCACUCUACUUGACUUUAACUGUAUCCCACAUAUACCCCUUCACUUAAACACUUAUUCUUGUAACUCGAAAACUCGCACAGCCACAAAUUAAUCAUGGACCGCCGAGGAUUAACAACAGCCUUUGUAAACCCAUUCGGACAGCGCCCCUGGAUGAGAAAUACUGGCGCAGCAGCACCUUCAGCGGGUAACAAAGGUUUGAAAGGCAUUGUGGCGGGCGGUAUUACUGGCGGUAUUGAAAUUUGUAUUACAUUUCCCACCGAAUAUGUGAAGACACAAUUGCAGUUGGACGAAAAGGGUGCUAACAAAAAGUACAAUGGCAUUGCCGACUGCGUCAAGAAGACUAUCAAAUCUAAUGGUUUCUUUGGUUUGUAUCGUGGCUUGAGUGUGCUAAUCUAUGGCAGUAUUCCCAAAUCUGCCGCGCGUUUUGGUGCUUUUGAGUUCUUGCGCAGCAACAUGGCCGAUUCCAAUAAUCAGCUCAGUAAUUCCGGCAAACUUUUAUGUGGUCUUGGUGCUGGCGUAUGUGAAGCUAUUUUGGCUGUCACACCCAUGGAGACGGUCAAAGUGAAAUUCAUCAAUGAUCAGCGAAGCGCAAAUCCACAGUUCCGCGGUUUCUUCCAUGGCGUCAGCACAAUUGUGAAGCAGGAAGGUCUGGGCGGCGUAUAUAAGGGUCUGACACCUACCAUACUUAAACAGGGCUCGAAUCAGGCGAUACGUUUCUUCGUUAUGGAAUCAUUGAAGGAUCUCUAUAAGCGCGGUGAUCACGAAAAGACGGUGCCCAAACUGGUAGUGGGCGCAUUUGGUGCGAUCGCUGGUGCUGCCUCGGUAUUUGGCAAUACACCACUCGAUGUGGUGAAGACACGUAUGCAGGGUCUAGAAGCUUCUAAGUACAAAAACACUGCUGAUUGCGCACUGCAAAUUUGGCGCAAUGAGGGCGUAACGGCAUUCUACAAGGGCACAGUACCACGUUUGGGUCGUGUCUGCUUGGAUGUGGCCAUUACAUUUAUGAUUUACGAUUCCUUUAUGGAUCUGUUCAACACGGUUUGGAAAUAAUAGACAACAAAAUGGCACCAGCAUUAACGACUUAAUAAAAAUAUAUACAGAAAGUUGUUGUAAAAUAAUUUAGAAAAUCGGACCAUGUCCAUAUAUGCGAUCACGUGCUGUAGUACUCCCAUAUACAUAAGUACAUACAUACAUACAAACAUACAAACAUAUAAUAUAUGAUGAUAUAAUUGUAAAUUAGCUAGAAUGUAGAGUAGAAUUAAAUGAAUGGAAGUUAAACACAUGCAUACUUACAUAUGUAUAUGCAGAUGUGAAUGAAAAAUAUACAGCAAUUACUACCUAGUCAAUUUAGCCAACUAACGGGCUCGUACAACAAAUUAAAUGGGUAAAUUAACGUAUACAUAAUCGCCAUUAAGCAAAUUUGAAGAAUUUACAACGGAUUUAUGUACAUGCAAGACAGUUGAACUGAACACUAGCUUGGGCCAAAUAUACACACAUAUACAUAUAUACAUACAUACUAACAUAUAUAAUGAUCGCGGUGGACAACUUUAAGAAGUUGCAUUCUAGUAAUUAAUGUAGCUUAAACAUUUAAUUAGGUCAUUAUGCCUCUUUAACCGUUGAUUGUUGUCUACAUAUGUACCACAUGUAUAAAACAUACUAAAAUAUGUAAAUAUUUAUCAACAAAAGCAUGGCAAAACUUGUCUUUGGUUACUCGAAACAUUCUAGCGAUUUUUUAGAAAUCUAUAUGUGUAUAUAUUACAAUAUAUAUUAGUACACAGCAGUAGUACACUCAUGCAUUUGUAUAUUACAUUUAUUUAUAUGGUGUAACUUGAUUUGAUGAUGCAUUUACUUAAACAUUUGUAAAACAAAAGACACAAACCAAUGUCUGUUUAUUGUAAAUUAAAAAAAAAGAUAUUAAAAUUGUUUUUAUUAAAAAAUAUGAACUGUAUAAAUAUGUAAUGAAGAACUAAGUUCGGGUGCAAACGAACAUUAUAUGUUACAUGGCUUGAAAAGCCUUUGAUCUAAUAAUGUAAGAAUAGGUUUUUGAAUGAAAAUAUGGCUUUAUUCGCCGACCUCAUCUCCAUUCAGAGUAAUGGAUUCGUCGUAAAUACCCUACCAUAAUGCGAUACCGUUUCUACAGUGUGAAGCUUCGAGGACCGAUUUCACUUAAUUUCGGUAUAAAACUAUAGUAUGUUGAAGACGUACGCUUGAUUUUGUUAAAAUUUAAUCGUAAGUGUGAAAAUGAUUAUGUUAGGUACUCGUAUAUGGGAGCUAGGGGAAGUGCUGAACCGAGUUUAUACAUUUCAAGUACUAGAGCAUAUUGUUACCUUAAUUUCAUCAGGAUGUCUUGGAAAUAUGAUAUAAAAUCAUAUAUGGGCUUGGUAGCGGAAUAUGGGUGCAUGAAAGAGUAUAGUCUGACUUCAUUAUUUUUUACUACAGCUUAAAAUCAUUAUUUGUGCUAAGUUAUAAUAUGAUAUCUUUAUUAAUACUGAUGGUAUUCAAAAUGAAAGAAGCGUAGUUGUAGCUUGAUUUCGUCCAUUGUCAAACUGUUAUAUAACGAUGUCAAGAAAAUGUUAUGCAUUAAAUUUAGUUGAUAGUAAUGUAAUCGCUUGCUUGUACAGACGAAUGGUAUAAUAGAUAUGUUAGACAUCCAAAAAUCAA